AUGGCCUCGCCGCGCAACAUAUCCAAGUCCCCGAGGCCCUCGGACGACUCGGAGCAAGCGCUCUCGUCGUCUGUCGCCCGUGCGCAGGCCAGUGGCUCACUCACCGUCGGCACCCCUCCACUCCCUCAGAUCCCGCGCCGAGAGAUCUCCAACUCUUUUCAAGCUCGCACUGUCGCCGAGCGAUCAAGCGCUAAAGGCGAAGAACCGGCGUCAAGCGGCUCCUCGCUGUCUGGCCUCGGUAACAAGGCCGCUCUCCCUGCCCAGCCCACCUCUUCGAACCUGACGGCUUCCCUCACCCUCGACAAGGACCACAACCAUAGCAAGGAUCCAAUCGACCGCACCGGCACUCCCGAUCUCGACGGGACGCUGACACCUCAACCGGACGAGUCAGCGUUUUCCGCUGUAGCCGGAGUUCCGGACGAAGAGAAGGCCAAGGUACUCCGGCGCCACCUUGUGUCCGCCGAAGAACGCACUUCCAACGCACCCACGCCAUCAGCGAAGCUCAGCCCCGCGGCAAGUCCGGGACCCAGCAGCCGCAAUGAAGAUCCCGGCGAGAGCGCGAUCACGCGGCGCAGCGAUGGCGACGACGACCCAUUCCCAAUCCCUUACGACGCGCCAGGUGGCGACGUGACUCACGAGGUCUACAAGUGGCAACAAGACCAUCAGCGGACGAGGCGCAGCAGCCGCGCGCAGUCCUUCUCGCAUGCGGACCGUUCCGCCAUCAUCGACCCGCAGCUUGCGCAGAUGAAAGAGCCGGGAGGGUUCCGCCGCAACUUUGUCGUUGCCCGCGCACAGGAGCGUGGCGUCGAGGAGCCGCCGAUGAUCCGCAACUUUGUCGACUUCCUCUUCUUGUACGGUCACUUUGCGGGAGAAGAUCUCGACGAAGACGAGGACAUCGACGACGAAGACGAUCACGCAAUCGCCGAGGAAGGGCGAGGCGUGUCGCGAGUCGCCGGCAGCAGCCGAGAUGCGACCGAGAGGACACCUCUGCUUCGGUCUCGAAGCUCGACGAGACGCCCGACCCGACCCGGACAAGGAACUGCGAGCCUGACGCAAGCCGUUCUCAUGGCUUCGUCGGCACCGGCGUUCUGUUCAUGGGCAAGGCCUUCUACAAUGGAGGUGCUGCCUGACGGCUGGACGUUGACCCCAGAUAUCGGCGGAGCCCUUUACGGAAAGUACAUGCGUGAUACCAUUCUGUUCUCGAUUACCGUGUCACAGAUUGGCUUUGUGGCGGCAUACACGAUCUUUAUCGCGGAGAAUCUGCAGGCGCUUCUUCUCUCUGUCAGCGACUGCAAGUGGAACGUGCCCAUCGGCACUCUCAUUUUCGGCCAGCUCCUUCUCUUCCUUCCGCUCGCCAUGAUCCGUAACCUAGCAAAGUUGUCGGGAACGGCGCUCGUUGCCGACGCAUUCAUCCUUGUGGGCCGGUGUUGCCGACGUUAUGCUGUUCAAUCGCGACAACUUCCCGCUGCUGAUCGGCACUUCGGUCUUUGCGUUCGAGGGCAUCGGACUGAGCCGCAAAAGUUCCCCCGCGCUCUGUCUGCUGUCAUGUUUGUUGUUGCCGUUCUCUUUGCCGGCUUCGGAGUCCUCGGCUACGCCGCCUACGGCAGCGACGUGCAGACCGUAGUUCUCACGAACCUGCCGCAGGACCAGAAGUUCGUGCAGGUCUCUCAAUUCCUUUACUCCAUUGCGAUCCUGCUUUCCAUUCCGCUUCAGCUUUUCCCAGCCGUGCGUAUCAUGGAGACGGGACUCUUCUCGCGCAGCGGCAAGCACAACCCUCGCGUCAAGUGGCAGAAGAACAUUUUCAGGGCCGGCACCGUGCUCUUUUGUUCGAUGCUGUCCUGGGCGGGCUCCUCUGAGCUCGACAAGUUUGUCUCCUUGAUCGGCUCCUUUGCUUGCAUUCCCCUCUGCUUCAUUUACCCACCGAUGCUGCAUCUCAAAGCUUGUGCAAGAACACGCACCGAGAAGGCCCUUGACUAUCUUCUCAUUGCAUUCGGCGUCAUCGUGGGCCUUUACACCACCGUUCAAACUAUUCGCAGUUUGUUCGAUUCAAGCUCGAGCGAGUUGCCUCGCUCCGGCAAAUGCGACAAUCCUCAUUGA